UCUUUGUCCGCGCCCUGGCUUGCACAGUAGUAAGUAAUACUCGGUGCUGCGUCCGGUGGCUUGCCCUUGAUAUCUCAAUUUGACCCUGGCGUCUGACAGUCGAAGGUAUGUCACUACUGACCGUCUGGAGCCACAUUGGAGCUCGUUCCGUAACUGCCCGACUCAUUGAAGCCAUCGAUGGCUAGUCAGAUAUCGUCCUCCCACUUGUUGUUUAUCAGCGCGGGGGCUCGCCGCCCCACGAACCAUGGAGACCACGUCAUGGUCGACAAUACAUAAUGGAAGGUGGACUUAUGCCUUUGAGACUUUCUCCGUCGUAGAAAGGUUUGCUGUGGCUGUUCCUUGAGCAUUGACGACGAUAUCAAUAGCGCUAUAUCCACCGACUUGUAUCAAUACGCUUCUGCUUUGCUUCCUACACGUAGUGGGUGCGCAGUACAAAAUCCUCCAAAAUGGCACCGCAAUUGGCCUGGUUCGGCCUAGGUAAUAUGGGCAGGGGCAUGUGCAAGAAUCUAGUCGAGAAAGGCAACCUUUCAAACCCUCUGAUCAUCUACAACCGCACGACGAAGCGGGCCGAAGAGCUCUCUGAGAAGAUUGGCAAUUCAACCGUGUCCACCUCAAUCCGAGAUGCAGUCUCCAAGGCAGACAUAAUACUCUACUGUGUGGGAGAUGACGCUGCGGUUCUGACAAUGGUUGAAGAGAUGCUCAAGACGGAUGUGAAGGGCAAAGUCUUGGUGGACUGUAGCACUGUUCAUCCCGAUACAACAAGCAAAGAAGCCAAGAUGAUUGAAGAAAAAGGUGCCAGUUUCGUGGCCUGCCCCGUCUUCGGUGCUCCUGCGAUGGCUGACUCGGGACAACUCGUGUGCGUGCUGGCUGGAAAGGCGGACGCGGUUGAAAAGGUGAAACCAUACUGCAAGGGUGUCAUGGGUCGAGAGAACAUCGACUUCUCCGGUCAAGAGCCUCGCAAGGCCACUUUACUGAAAGUGAUCGGCAAUACCUUUGUCGUGAACAUGGUAGAGGCUUUGUCCGAAGGUCACGUUGUGGCCGAAAAGACUGGCCUUGGAGUGGAUGAGUUGCACAAACUCAUCGAGAUGAUGUUUCCGGGGCCAUAUACCGCUUACUCCAACCGAUUACGAAGUGGUGACUACUACAAACGUGAAGAGCCACUGUUCGCUGUUGACCUGGCACGGAAAGACGCCAGACAUGCAAUGGACCUGGCCAAAAGCGCCGGAUGUCAGAUGAAGAAUGUCGAGCUGGCAGACUCUUACUUGAAGGUGGUCAAAGAGACUCAAGGGGCCAAGGGUGACAUUGCCGGCAUUUAUGGCGCGAAGAGGUUAGAAAGUGGGCUGAAGUUUGAGAAUCAAUAGAAAGGUGCAUUGAAACAAAGGUUCUCCCAGUCAAAUUCAGAGACGUGCCUCAAGACAUCGGAUGUCUCUUUGAUCUCGAGAAUGCACAGGAAGACGGAAAAGGCGUUGCAGCACAUUGAAGAGAUAGAUUCUCUCAAAAACAAAAAAAAAUCCAGCAGACAACCUCGUGGAAUCUUGAAAAGCACAGCCUGAUGAGACUGCAUCUUGUCCCCUUCUUACAUACUCAACUUCACCCAACGUCAACAAGCCGAACCGCCCACUACUUUCCUCAGCCUUUCGAUCGCCCCACUCAGACUCCAGGCCUUAUUUCGGCUGUGUCUAGUAACCACGAUCGUUCUACGGAGUAUGUCCUCCACGGUCUUCGCAGAUUUACCAGAUAUUGUGCGAGUAGCACUCGCAUGGCAUCCCAAGAACCUUGGCUGGCCUAAAAGUCGUUCUCUCAGCUGUUUGUCUGUCUCUGGCUUGGUACUCGUACCGACAUGUGAAGCCGUGUGAGCUGUGCAGUACUCCGUACAGUCCGUCCCGACUCCCCCUUAUCCGAAGUUCUUUGUUCUCAGAUCCGAACUCAACAUAACCAGAAACAACCGCCUACUGAGCGUGCGGCCGGUGGGUACGUAUCCUGCAAGGCAUGCCGGCAAGAAGGUCUCGCGAAAGGAGUUGCAGGGCAUUACACUCUCUCCCACUUUCCCAGAGAAUCUGUUGAUUUGGGGUCUUUGGGAAAUCUUUUCCGAACCCACCACGCUCUCUUCAACAGGUCCAUCUUCAUGGGCCCGACGGGCUGGCUCUCUUUGCCUUGGGCUUCGACUUCAUUUCCGUUCUACUCCGUGCCUGGCCUAUGGGAUUGGAACAGCGGAUUCUGGUUUGAC